UCCCCUAGCGGCGGCGCACGACACCUGUUCGACGGAACGCCGCUCCGGGGCGGGAAGCUUCGACCAUGGCGAGCGGGGUGGACCGCAUAAGCGCCCUCCCGGAGGACAUCCUCCACCACGUGCUCCGCCUCCUGCCGGCUCAUGAGGUGGUGCGGACGUCCUUGCUCGCCCGGCGCUGGCGCGGCAUCUGGAGGUCCGUGCCCACCCUCCGCUUCACCGGAGCCAAGGGGUGGGGCAGCGCCGACAUGUUCGCCCAAUUCGUGGACUACUUGCUCCACCUCAGGUGCGGGGGCGACGGCCCGCCUCUGGAUUCCUGCGAUUUCGACUUAGAUUCCGACGGAUUCAUGCUGUUGCCCGCCAACCAGCGGCGUGCGAGCAGCUGGCUCUGGAAGGCCCUGCCUCGUGUCUGGGCGCUCCGGCUCCGGCUUCGCAUUCCCGAGGAUCCGGGAGCCUCGCCACCAUCUGACAUGCAUCUCUUCUCCCAGCACCUCACCAGAUUAGAGCUUGUUGGUGUCGGUUUCUACGGCAGCGUCGUUGAUUUUACAGGCUGUCCAGCAUUGGUGGAACUGAGUAUGGAUACUUGCGACGUCGUUGUCAAGCAGCUCUUGUCUCCAUCCUUGAAACAUCUGCGAAUUACCCGCUGCUAUGCUCAAGAAAAUUACCGCAUUCUUAUUUCUCUACCAAAUCUUGUUUCGCUUGAGUUGAUCGAAUGGGUCCAAGGAAGGAUUCCAUUGCUUGGGAGCUUGCCGUGUUUAGCAAGAGCUGUUGUUGUGCUUAACGAGAGUUGUGCCGAUCAAUGCUCUCAGGGUCAGUUUGAUAGUUGUGGUGCUGAUGAUGAUAUGUGUGAUCGUUGUUAUUAUUAUUAUGGGGAUCCUGAACAUGGGCCUACUUAUGACCGCAACAACUGCAUCUUUCUCAAAGGUUUGUCAGAAGCGACAGACUUGGAGUUGUCAGCUCAUUCUGAUGUGACUGUUUUCAACAGGGAUUUGAAGUGGUGCCCUACAUUUACCAAGUUAAAGACUUUGCUACUCAAUGAUUGGUGUUUGGCUGCUGACCAUAAUGCACUAAUUUGUUUUCUCCAACACUCGCCAAUUUUGGAGAAGCUUACUCUUCAACUUUCUAAGGGACCUUCAUAUGUAACUGAAGCAGAAGGAAUCUACAAACCAUUGGGACAGUCGGUUGCAUCCAACUGUCUUAAGAUUGUUGAAAUCAAAUGUGCAAAUGUUGAUAGCAAGGUUCACAAAAUUUUGAAAAUACUGACUACGUAUGGCAUACGCCUUGAGCAAAUUAGUGUCCAACAAACUAGCAGGAUUCUUGGAUCUGGAUGUUUCAAUUUUGUUUGCACUGAGUUCAGCUAAAACACGAGGUAUGAAGAUCUGGACUAUUCUUAGAUUUAGGUCUCUUUGAUAUUUUAGAAAUACAUGGAGCACAUUUUGGGUAGUGAUGUGUGGUGUUGCUGAUUGCCCUUUUUAGUGUCUUGAUUAAGUUGGAUUAUCCAUUCCAAUCUUCUUCAAUGCAACUCUUUUCGAACACUGGCAAUCUCUGGUGUAGAUGUUCAUUCAUUCUGCUUAGUACAUUGACACAAUAUGUGCAUAUAAAAAUAAAGGAAAAGGUACAAAAUUGCUUGCCAGUUAAAGUUUAGAUGCACAUUGGUUGAAGAAAAAUAUGUCUUCUUUUUCCUUGACCCAAUGAUAAAAAUAGGGAAAAAUAAUUGAAGCACAUCACUACAGUACUCUCCUCAACCAUAACCUAAGUGCUCUCAUUUUUUGCAUUUAUGCUGCAAUGUGGCAUCAUUAUUUUCGUUCAAUAGUUUAUACCAGUAGUCAACCCAGUUACACAUUGUGAAUAAUACUAAUGGAAGGGUCAGGUGGUCUUAUGCGCUGAAAAUAUGUUGCAUUCCUGUGGCCAACCUUUUACUAUUUUGUUGGAAUGAACUCAACAAACUACCAAACAGCUGAUCGACAGGUUAAGUUGUCCAGAGGUAUAAUUCCCAUUCCAGAAGCACAACCACAAAUUUGACCAAAUAGAUGUAGCUAGGAAAGUCGACACAUCAAAAACAGGUGAUCGACAGAUUCUGCGGCAUGCACCCCAAAAUUCACAGGCAUUGCUACCUUUCCAUCCAUUUUGAGCUUA